UUCUUCUGUCUGCGUGGAUGUCUUUUGUAAGCAAAACCGCGUCCCUUCCUCAGCCUGUCAAAAUGUUUUGGACGAAAAUGCCAUUUCCGUAACUCGUUCCAAUUUUCUUUCUCAUUCCUUCCUAACUAGAAAAUAGAGGAAGUUUUCAGGAUCACCGUGACUCGUUUCUCCCAUCGAGUCAACUCAUUCUCUCUUCUAUUUGUUUUUUUCUUUUUUGCAGACAACGCACCUCAGAUAAGGGCAUUUGUUCUCAACAUCAGUUAAAUCUCUUCUUCUUUUAUAUCGGAUUCAGGUAACAAUUUGAAUACUACCAUUUAUGAUCCGAUCCGAAUCGGAUCUCAUUUCCUUCAUGUCCCAUAACAAGCGUCUUGUUCUCGUGUUAGUGUGUCUCUUCAAUUCCUUGUUUUACUUUUGCCAUGCGGAUCCGGGUCAAUCCUGUUCAAACUCGAGUUCCUAUGUCGGAUUUGAAUCUGAAUUCACCAUGGUCCAACAUCAGCUCCGUGGAGUUGUGACCAUAAUUGAUGAUUGCUCCUUUAGGGUUUCUCAAUUCGAUAUGCUCCCUGGGGCCGAUGUGCACUGGUGGGGUGCGGUCUCCCCCAAUUUUGUUAACUUGACGAACGGUUUUAUCGUCUCCGAUCAUAAGCUUAACCAGACCUACAAGAACGCCUCUUUUAUCGUUCGUUUGAGAAAAAACGUCACCUGGGAUCGGAUCCAAGCCCUCUCUGUCUGGGACCUGCCAACAGCGUCUGAUUUCGGUCACAUUAUUCUCACCAAUGAGUCCAUGUCGGACCCCGCCUUAACCCCCGGCCUGGCUCCCUCGCCGUCUGUUAAUGAUACUACUCUCGACAAACGAAAAAGUUGGAAUGUUACAGCGCCAACGAUGUUUGAUAAUUGCAAGGUGUUGUCUAACAGUUUUAGGAUUAGAUGGAGUUUGAAUGUGAAAAAUGGCUCCAUUGAUAUAGGAUUAGAGGCCGCCACUGGGAUCCAGAAUUACAUGGCAUUUGGGUGGGCCAGACCGGAUUCUAACUCGGAGCUAAUGCAGGGUGCUGACGUGGCGGUGACUGGGUUCACAGAGGAGAGAAAGCCCUUUGCUGAUGAUUUUUUCAUUACAACAUACAGGGAAUGUACCAUAGACAAGGAUGGUUCUGCCUUCGGGGUUUGCCCAGAUACCAUAUAUGAAGGAUCGGACCCAGUUGAAUUGGUGAACAACACACAGUUGAUUUAUGGGCAUAGAAGGGAUGGGGUGUCGUUUAUUAGGUAUAGAAGGCCUUUGGUUUCAGUUGACAAAAAAUAUGAUUUGCCAGUGAAUGAAACAGCCAAUAUGACAGUGAUUUGGGCAAUAGGGUUAAUGAGGCCGCCUGACAGUCUUAGGCCUUAUUAUCUCCCUCAGAAUCAUGGAGAGCCAGAAAAAGUGAGGUAUGGUCAUCUGGUGCUUAAUGUAUCUGAACCGGUGAAUGAUUGCUUAGGGCCCUUGGACGCGGAGGACAAGGAGGAUCAGGAUUUGAUUAUUGCUGAUGCAAAUGUGCCUCUUACUAUUACCUCUGCUCCUGCAAUGCAUUAUCCUAAUCCACCAAAUCCUUCAAAGGUUUUGUACAUCAAUAAGAAGGAGGCUCCAGUUUUGAGAGUUGAAAGAGGGGUGCCUGUAAAGUUUUCAGUUCAAGCUGGACAUGAUGUUGCAUUGUACAUUACUUCAGAUUUGAUGGGUGGGAAUGCAACGUUGAGGAAUGCAACAGAGACUAUUUAUGCUGGAGGGCCUGAAGCCGAGGGUGUUGUGGCUAGCCCUAUGGAAUUGGUUUGGGAACCGGAUAGGAAUACUCCAGAUCAAGUGUACUAUCAAUCGUUGUAUCAACAAAAGAUGGGCUGGAGAGUUGAGGUGGUUGAUGGGGGUUUAUCUGAUAUGUAUAAUAACAGUGUUGUUUUGGACGAUCAGCAAGUGACGUUCUUUUGGACGUUGUCGGAAGAUUCUAUAUCUAUAGCAGCUCGAGGCGAGAAAAAAAGCGGUUAUAUUGCGAUAGGAUUUGGUAGUGGAAUGGUGAAUAGCUAUGCUUAUGUUGGCUGGGUUGAUGAGAGUAGCAAGGGACAUGUAAACACAUAUUGGAUUGACGGAAAGGAUGCCUCAAAUGUUCAUCCAACCAAUGAGAGUUUGACUAAUGUAAGGUGCAAAUCAGAAAAUGGCAUCAUAACCUUAGAGUUUAUUCGCCCCUUGAAACCAUCAUGUAGCCAGAAUGAUAGGCCGGAGUGCAAAAAUAUUAUAGAUCCCACGAGUCCUCUUAAGGUCAUAUGGGCAAUGGGUACUAAAUGGUCUGAUGGACAUCUAAGCGAAAGAAAUAUGCAUUCUGUGACUAGUCAUAGGCCUGUCCGGGUGUUACUUUUGCGGGGUUUUGGAGAGGCUGAGCAAGAUUUACAACCUGUAUUAGCUGUUCAUGGGUUCAUGAUGUUUCUUGCUUGGGGGAUUUUGCUUCCUGGUGGAAUUUUGGCAGCUAGAUACUUGAAGCAUGUGAAGGGGGAUGGUUGGUACCGAAUUCAUGUUUACUUGCAGUACUCGGGCUUAGCAAUUAUCCUACUUGGCUUUCUUUUUGCAGUGGCUGAGCUUCAGGGAUUCUAUGUCAGGUCGUUUCACGUUAAGUUUGGACUUACUGCUAUAUUUUUGGCUUGUGUACAACCAGUAAAUGCUUGCAUGCGGCCCCAAAAACCUGUUAAUGGGGAGGAGGUAUCCUCAAGGAGGCUUAUUUGGGAGUAUUUUCACACUAUUGUUGGCAGAUGUGCCAUCGUUGCAGGAGUUGUGGCACUUUUCAGUGGAAUGGAGCAUUUGAAAGAUAGAUAUGGAAGCGAAGAUGUUCAUGGAUAUAAUUGGGCAUUAAUUGUUUGGUUCUUGGUUGGUUUAUUAAUUGUCAUGUAUCUGGAAUAUCGGGAAAGACAGCAAAGGAGGGACAGAUUUGGCAGAAGAAGUUGGAGUACCCCUGAUGAAGAUGAUUCUGUUGAUCUCUUAAGUCCAAGCAUGGCUGCACAAAAACAUUCACAACAAUCUGGAAGAAUGGAAGUUCAAUUAGAGCCUUUAAGUAGAUAGAUAUUUUCGAUAAAUUAAUUUUGAUAUAAGCUCACCCCACUUCACCAGUUUUGAAAAUUUUCUUACUCAUACAGGGGAUAGCAUUAGCAGGCUUGUUUAUGCGCUUGAAAGUUCUUUUUUCUGGCUUAAGUGGGCCUUCUCACUCAUGAUAGUUUCCCCUUCACCCACUCAAUGCAAAGAGUAAUUACCAUUAAAAAUUGUAUUUUGUAUACCGGAUACUUCUUUUAACAUAGUAGAAGAUUAUAUCAGUUUCAUCACAUCUCGUCUUUAUACUGGACUUUUGAAGGCCUUUAAGGUUUUGUAGUCUUUAUAUUAUAAUGUGCAGCUGGAUUAUUAUGUA